AUGGAGUCUACAACAGAAGUAGAUUGGACUCUUCUUGAUUGGGAGCGAGUUGGAGAUGGACUCCAUCUCCAGACUUCCAGAACGUCGGAGAGACUUAAUCAGAUAGACCGCGUUCGCGCGAACGGGAUUGGUGAUCAUGUCGCACUACCGCAAUUAGUGGUCUGCGGCGAUCAAUCAGCCGGAAAAAGCUCAGUUCUGGAAGGUAUAAGCGGGAUACCUUUUCCCCGACAAGACGGUCUCUGCACCAGGUUCGCAACGGAGAUCAUCCUCCGCCAUGACCCUAGUGAGCAGCGUGCUACCGCUAUGAUCAUACCUCAUAGCUCUCACACAGCCGACGAAAAGACACGUCUGAGUGCAUUUCGCCGACAGAUACGUGACUUCUCAGAGCUUCCUGGUAUUAUUGAAGCGGCUGCAAAACUGAUGGGCGUUCGCGGACAUGGCGCAGAGACAGAUGCACCGGCCUUUUCCGCCGAUGUUUUACGUUUAGAGCUGGUCGGCAAAACCGGCCUUCAUUUAACCAUCGUGGACCUGCCGGGAUUGAUAUCUGUGUCUGAAGUUGAAGAAGAUGUUCAGCUUGUUGAAAACCUGGUGGAUUCAUACCUCGAGAACUCGCGCACCAUUAUCUUAGCCGUGGUGCCAGCAAGUAGUGAUAUCGACACCCAAGGCAUCAUUCAAAGGGCUCGUCACUACGAUAAAGCGGGCCAUCGCACCGUGGGUAUCAUCACCAAACCCGAUCUAAUCAACGCUGGUACAGAAGCCCGUGUUGCGCGAUUAGCGAACAAUUCUGACGCAACCAAGUUGAGACUGGGCUUCUUUCUCGUCAAGAAUCCAUCGCCUGCGGAGCUCGAGAAUGGCGUUUCCCUUUCGGAUCGGCAAAAGGCAGAACUGGCCUUCUUUUCAGCUGGAGCUUGGAAGAAGCAAAACAUCGAUCGAUCGCGCAUUGGAAUAGACAACCUGCGCCAAUUCCUACAAGAUCUCUUGGAUAGCCACAUUGAGCGAGAGUUGCCCACGGUGCGAGAGGAUGUACGGCGUCUGCUCGUUGAAAUCAACAAUGAAAUUGUUGACCUGGGUAUGGAACGCUCGUCUCCAAGCGAGAUUCGGGUAUAUUUGACGCGAAUUGCAAGCGAUUUUCACAAUUUGGUCAAAGCCGGUGUCGAUGGAGCUUAUGCGGGCCGUGAUCCAGCCUUUUUUCAUGUCAACAGCGAUGAGAUAUACGUCCGCCUCCGCGCCGCCAUCCACAAAGAGAAUGAAGAGUUUGCCGCAUACAUGAGACAACACAGUGAGAGACGUACGGUGGUCACAGAGGAGCAGCUGGAAACCGCCGAAGCCGAAGACGGACAGCUACUCCUCACAGACGAUGAGAUGAUGACGUGGGUUCGCAAAAUAUACCAUGAGACCAGAGGCCGAGAGCUGCCCGGCAACCACAAUUACUCUUUGCUCACUGAAUUGUUCCAUGCUCAAUCGGAGCGAUGGGGAAGCAUCAGCCGUCGCCAUGUAGACACUAUAGUUUCUCUGGUGUCUCGAUUUAUUCAUUCUGCAUUGGCUUUUGUCGCCAAGGACCCGAACGUCCGGAAAAGCUUGACAGAAGGGAUUAAACUUACGCUUCAGAACCAUACUACAGAAGCUUACAAGGAACUAGAAAAACUUCUUCUCGACGAGGCACGUCACCCGGUCACCUAUAACCACUAUUAUACAGAUAACAUCCAGAAGGCACGACUUGACCGGUCUAAACAAGAUUUGAAAAGUUCAAUGGAUGAUGCCAUUCACGAAGACUGGAAUGAUAAAUUCCACGUCAGCAACUCACAAGUUGAGAUCAAGAAGCUAUUAUACUCUCUUCAAGGCCGUAUCAUGGUUGAUAUGACGGAACGGGCAUGUAUGGACGCGCGUACCGACUUGGCCGCCUAUUACAAAGUUGCGAUGAAAACGUUUGUCGACAAUGUUUGUCGUCAAGUCAUUGAACGGCACAUACUUUCCAAUCUGCCAAGUGUAUUUGAUCCGACCACGAUUAGCAUGUAUACCGAUGAAGAUAUGGUUCGCCUCGCCGCUGAAUCGGGUCAGAUCCGUGACCGUCGGGUUGAGAUGCUCCGGCUUCAAGGCGCGCUGGAGCAGAGUCUUCGGGACCUUGGGGUUUGA